AUGUCGAUCGAGGAUACAAAAGUAGGAUAUUUUCAAUUUAUUUUAUUAUUUUUACUCGGAAUUAAUUAUAUUAUCGUGGCAAUGAGUCAUACUUUGACUAUUUAUCACAAUUAUACGCCAAAAUUUUAUUGUGAGGCAUCAAAUGGUUUAAAUAAAACGUAUGGAUGCAUUAAUAAUACUUACAAUGGAACAUUUCGAGUAUGCGGAAUAAACGAUUACAAUUUUGAAAUGAAUAAUAGUGAGAAAAGUAUAAUUACUGAUUGGGGAUUAAUUUGCGAGCGAAGUUACUUGAAGGAGUACAGUAUUAUUGCGUAUUGUGUGGGUGUAUCGAUUGGUGCAUGGAUUACAGGUAUUCUUGUUGAUCGCAUCGGCCGGCUUCCGGUUUUAGCUAUUUGUUUGUACAGCCAGGGUACAAUGACUGUUGCAACGUAUAUUGUCCAGAGUUAUCCAGUAUUUUUGAUAUUAAGAAGCCUUCAAGGAGUAUUUGCUCAAGGACUACAAAAUUCUACGUACAUUUUAGCGCUAGAAUUAUUUCCGACAAAGUAUAGAACUUUGGUAUCCACGGUAAUGAGUAUUGCAUGGGCAUUUGGAUUAUUAUUACUUACAGCGUUUGGUUACUUUAUCCGAGACUGGAGAAUUUUACAAUUAGCUAUUUCUGUGCCUACAGCAAUUACCGUGCUUUACAUUUGGAUGAUACCAGAAUCUCCAAGAUGGUUAUUGACUCGAAAUAAAACAACAGAAGCCGAUAUAGCUUUGGAAAGAAUAAUAAAAUAUAAUAAAAAUUGUUGUUUUGGUAUUAAAUUCAAACAAAAAGUACAUGAUAGUAAAAAUGCGCCUCCUGUAAAGUCAUCAGAAAAACUAAAGUCUGAAAUUUUAAUUGAAAAUAAUGAAAAAUGCAACAAUGAUCCUGAUGAAGUGAUUAAAUUACUUAAGCCAACGACUUCAAAAAGUCAAAACUCUCGAUCGAGUUUACGAGUCGCAUCACAAAACUUGGAGGAAAGAUUGUCGGAUCCUUCGGAGACAUUUGUUCAAAUAACAGAAAAUAAUUCAAAUAAUAAUGAAAUUUUUGAGCCAUCAGAAAAAAACACUCAAAUUACUACAAUUAGUCAAGAUAAAUUUAACUUAAAAAAUGAAACUGCCGUAGUAAAAGACAAUGAAAAUAUAGAACCCAUUGGAGAAAUAACUAAAAAAAAAUAUUGUUUAUUUAAAAAUAGUUAUUUUAUAAAAUAUCUCACCAUAAUAACUUGUCAAUGGCUUUCGAUCUCGACUAUGAGAUCGUUUGUGAUAGAUUUAUUUCCGAAUUUUACAAAAAAUCGAUAUGUUGAUUUAACAAUAAAUAAUUUAGCUGAAAUAAUUAUUUAUAUUGUAAUGUAUUUUAUACUGUCAAGACAUGGUAGACGUUUACCAAUAAUAAUUUUUCAAGUAUUUAAUUUUAUUUUUUGUAUCUCAAUUGCUGUACAUGGAUUUUUACCUUAUUUAACAGUACUGGUUAAUGAUGUAUUGAAAAUAAUAUUAUUAUCAUUGGGAAGAGUAAGUAGCAUAAGUGCGCUAGCAAUUAUUUAUUUAUACACAAAUGAAUUAUUUCCUACAACGAUACGAGGUACUUGUUUUGGAUUAUUUAUAAUAAUAUCAACAGUUGGUAAUACAAGUGGACCCUACAUUUUAUUACUGAUGAAUAAUAUCAGCAGUCCAUUGAUAUUUAAUGGAAUAUUCAAUCUGAUAUCAGCAAUUCUGUGUUAUUGGUUACCUGAAACAAUAAAUGAUUGUUUACCAGAUAAUCUUUCGGAUAUGAUAAUGAAGAAGAGCAUCAGCAACAAAAAUUAUCAAGAAAAAAAAACCAAUGGAAUAAUUGAACAAGAAAUAUUAAGAAAAAAACUCUUUUCAGAAGACUGGGUUGACGCAGGCAAUGGAAUAAUUGUUAAUUUUACAGAUAGUAAUUAA